AAUGAAAACUUGUCACGCAAAACGCAAACCGAAGCGAAGCUACUCGAUAUUGAGCAAUAAUAUUCAUAAGAAUCUUAAUUUUAGCAAUAUUUAAGAAAGUUAAGCAAGUCUAAAUCAUGGCGGAUGUUCUCGAUAUUGAAAAUUCCGAGGAAUUCGAAGUCGACGAAGACGGUGAACAGGGAAUCGCCAGAUUGAAAGAGAAAGCGAGGAAACGCAAGGGACGUGGAUUUGGCAACGAGGGGGGCUCCGGGGGCGCUGCCGAGCGUGGCAACCGAGGAAGGUAUGACAGCCUGGCGCCAGAGGGAGACGGGAACACACCGGGGCCUCAGCGCUCCGUUGAGGGCUGGAUCCUGUUUGUCAGCAAUGUCCAUGAGGAGGCACAGGAAGAGGACAUUCAGAACCAAUUCUCAGAGUUCGGGGAGAUCAAAAACAUCCACUUGAACCUGGACCGGCGCACCGGGUUCCUCAAGGGGUACGCUCUGGUGGAGUACGAGACGUACAAGCAGGCUGCGAGCGCCCGCGAAGCCCUGGACGGCGCCGAUAUCCUCGGACAGGCCAUUUCCGUGGAUUGGUGCUUCGUCAAGGGCCCGACCAAAGUGCACAAGAAAAGGCGAUAGUGUACUAACCAA